UGCAAAUCUGUUUGAAUGCUGAUGCAGUUUCCAUAGCAGCAAUGAGUCAGCAUCACCCUACCAGACAUCACUUUCCAUUUGCCGUCUGUUUUACAAUGUCAUCAUGCUGUUUUUAUUCUACUGCAUGCCAUUUUCCUCAGCUAAGCAGUUAGACAAAUCCAAUAGCUUUUAUUUUAGACAGUGCAGCUGAGUGUUGUCAUUAUUAGUCCAUGUUCAAAGACUGACAAUCUUUAUUAAGAUUUUAUAAGAAACAGACUCUUUGUUUUCUGCAGCACAUGCCUAAUGGGUAACCUCCCUCCUGCAGUGAAACACUGCCUACAUAACCAACAGCUCAUAAGGGAAUACUUCUGGUCCGAGCAACAAUUUCAGCAGGAACAGAACUCUGUUACGGGUGGGCUUCCAGAAUAUGUAAAAAUUGUUGAAGUUGGGCCCAGAGAUGGUUUGCAGAAUGAAAAGGUAAUUGUCCCCACAAAAGUUAAAAUUGACUUUAUUAACCAACUUUCAGAAGCAGGAUUUCCUGUCAUUGAAGUUACAAGCUUUGUUUCCUCAAAAUGGGUGCCACAGAUGGCAGAUCAUGCCGAAGUGCUGCUCGGAAUAAAGAGGCAUCCACAUGUCAAGUAUCCUGUCUUAACGCCAAACCUUCAAGGCUUACAUGCUGCUAUUGGUGCAGGAGCAACAGAGGUAGCUAUAUUUGGUGCUACAUCUGAGACAUUCAGCAGAAAGAAUAUCAACUGUUCUAUUGCAGAAAGUUUUGGAAGGUUUGAUGAAAUUCUUAGACAUGCCAAAGAAGUCAACGUUCCUGUCAGAGG